CGACAACAAACCCCUCUCUCUCUCUCUCUCUCUCUCUUCGUGGCUGAAUGUGAAUGUUGGAAGACAGAAACGGAAGGAAGGAACCAGGUCCCUUUUUAUCGCCUCAGAGCACCACAUCUUCGUUGUCGUGGUCGGUACAGCUGUCGUUGAUUGUCUGGUUCUCGUUCCGGGGAAGGAUCGAUUUCACCAUGCCUGCAGCUUCUUCCCGGCUGAUCUCUGUUCAUCCCGACGAGCUCAAGUUCCAACUUGAGCUAGGAAAGCAAAGCUAUUGUGAUCUUAAAGUUUGGAACAACACAGAACAUCAUGUUGCCUUCAAGGUCAAGACCACUUCGCCAAAGAAAUACUUUGUGCAACCUAAUAUUGGUGUUAUACAUCCGUGGGACUCAUCCGUCAUAAGAGUCACUCUUCAAUCUCAAAGUGAAAACCCCCGAGAUAUGCAAUGCAAAGAUAAAUUUCUUCUACAGAGCACCAUAGUGCCUCCAAAUACUGAGGUUGAUGGGCUCCAACAAGAUACCUUUAAUAAAGACGACGGAAAGGCAGUAGAGGAAUGCAAGCUUAGGGUUGUCUAUGUCUCUCCUCAAGCAGCAGAGGAAGCAUUAAAGGAGUUAAAACAAAACAUUGAUUCCAGCUCUGAUUUACAGCGCCUCAAGGACGAAAAGGAUAAAAUCAUACAACAGACACAGCUAUUGCAGCAGGAACUGGAAACCUUGAAGAGACGAAGGAAUAGGAAAGGCGAAUCUGGCUUCUCCCAAAUAUUUGCAGUUUUCGUUGGACUAAUCGGGAUCAUGGUGGGCAUUCUUUUAAACCUUUCGUUGUCUUCGCCUUCGACAGAGUAACUUCAGUUGUAGAUGAAUCAUCGUGUAACUCUAUCUUCGAUGAUUCGCUCCAAAUGGGCCGUUUUACACCGUCGAGUAUUGAUUAUUAGGGCUGUAAUUUUACUGGUUUUUGAUGAGCAUGCAUGAUUUAAACUGGCAAUCAGUGAUUCAGUAGUUACUUGAUGCAAUACAAGUCUGGGCUGUGGAUGUUCAGGCUCAGGCUCCCUGUUUGGAAGGAAGGACCAUGAAUCAUUGAAUUGGAUGGUUUCCAAAAGGUAACGUUAGAUGGGAGUCUUAAAGCAAUGUUAUACCAUACCAAGUGAUCUUAUUUUGACAAAACUUUUUGUAUAAAUCUGUUUACGCGAAUU